AUGAUGAUUCAGCCGGACGAAGAAUCAUCAAAAAGCAGUAAGAUGAAAGGGGAUACGAAAAUGGUAGAGCGUUCACUGUACAAUCGAGUACAGAAAAUAUCCCUCGAUCCGGAAACAAAUGGACGUCUAAUUUAUCCAUUUUAUUUCUCAGAGGUCCAAGGAAAUUCUAAACUUGAAAAAGAACUGAAGGUGACCAUCGAUACAAAAAAUGUGAAGUCGUCUCCAUACUACAAAGAUAAAGUACUUACUCUUCCGAUAUCGAAAAAGUCGAGUACCGAUUUAUGGCAACAUUGGACAGAUCAGGCGUUUUCCGGACUCAUUUCAGCAAUUGCUACAAGAAGAUUGAAUUUGGUAGAGAAAUACGACAAGAAGAAACACGAGAAGUGCUCAUCGGAGGCUCAUGAUAUAACAAGUCAUGCAAAAUGUCUGGUUGCAUUGGAAGGAGAUGGAUUGACGAAUCGAUUACUCAACAGGAAGAAGUAUUUUGAUAAAGUAGCUCGGAAUUCUUCAUCUUCUAAAUCGAAAAGAAUGCAAAAAUAUUCAAGAAGACUACAUAGCCUUGAAAGCAUGAAAAACUACAAGGCUUCAAGAUUUGGAGGAAAGAUGAGAAAAUCAGAAUCGUCUGUUGUCGCUGAUGAAAAAAGUUGGAUUGGAUCUUUCAAGACUCUGAAAAGAACGAAAAGAUCAACAAUCAAAAAUGCAGAAAGUUAUGUGCUAAAAUCGGAUCAGGAUAGAUCUCCAUUUGCACUAAUAACAAAACAAUUGAGUGAAACUAACACUGCCAAAAUAGAAGAGGAGAUUGAAGACGAAGAGCUGAAAGAAAUGUUCCAUCAGAAGGUUUCGAAUAUGACAGAGGAAGAGAAAAUGAUGAUGAUUCCGAUUGAUUUGAUUCGACAAGCAACUAAAAUUGGAUUGGGACUCAGCGGGCAUAAUACAACGGAUAUGGACACGAAAACUAUAAAACUCAUUAGUCCACGAUUUAUGAGUGUUCUGCCAGAGGAUGAAGAAGCUAGAAAGAAUGAGGUAAGCAUAAUUCAGAGAGAACAUGUAACUUAUAUCUCAGAUCUCGAAAAGAAAACUUCGUUCAAAUCAAUUUUCGGAAUGGCUGAUAAAGUGGGAAUGACUGCUGAAGAUUCUCAGAACUUUCUGGAUUUACUUGUGGAAGCAACUGGAGUUGCAGAAGCUGUUGAAGAAGCAGAGGAUAAGUUGACUGAUGCUUUGAGGAAGACAGAUGAUGCAAUGGGAAGAGGGCCUGAUGGACAACCAUUGUAUUUCACAAAGGAGAAUAUAACAGAGCGAUUUCCAGCAGAAGCUAAGAAAAUAGAAUUAUUCGAGAAAUUGGAUAAAACAUAUUCAAUUGAACAAUUGAAAGAUAUGAAUCAAACUGGUUAUACUGUAUUGAAUCCAAAGCAAAUGCAAAUGAUUUAUGGAAAGAAAUCUCCAUUUAAGAAUCCCAGGCUAUUGAAGACUUUUAACAAUAUGACGAGAGCCGAAAUUCAACGAGCAAUCCAUUCGACUAUCAAGGAUGUGGCAAAGGAAAAAUUAAAGUUUGAGGUUCGCCAGAAUGACAUCGUCCUCUCUCCAGUUCUAAACACUGCUCUAAUUAAUGAUCCCAAGACAGCAUCUCAAGCUCUCGUUCUUUCUCCAGCUGUUUUCGUUGCUCUAAUAAACUCUCCUGCUCUUUUUGGAUCCGACUCUUCCUGUCUCCAUAUGCUCUUUCUCCAGCAAUUGAAUCAAAGGGAGCUCUCUUUACUGUUUUUGCCUCACCGAGUUGGCUAA